UGUGUGUGUGUGUGUGUGUGUGUGUGUGUGUGUGUGUGUGUGUGUGUGUGUGUGUGUGUGUGAAACCUGUGAGAAGAUAAAGGGGCAUGCAAGCCUUGUUGAGCAGACACUCCUGAUUGAUCAGACCUCAGCGGACAGACAGACUUCAGUGCACUACAGUGUGGAAAACAAAAACAGCCAAGAUGUGUUGCUCCAGCUUUCUCAAAAUUAUGAUGUUUAUCUUCAAUGGCGGCAUCUUUGUGGCAGGUGCAGCCAUCCUGGGUGUGGGAGUGUGGGUGAAGGUGGACAGUGGUUCUCUGCUGGGUUUACUGGAUAACGUGGAAGACAUUCCAUCUGGGUUAUCCCAGCUGGUCAACGUCAGCUACCUGCUCAUUGCAGUGGGUGCUGUGUUGUUGGUAAUUGGCUUCCUGGGCUGCUGCGGAGCGGUCAGGGAGAGCAGGUGUAUGCUGCUAACGUUCUUCAGCAUCGUGCUGAUUAUCUUCCUCGUCGAGGUUGCAGGGGCUGUGGUGCUGCUCGUCUUCCAGGAUGUGGCUGAUCAGCUUCUUGGAAGUCUGGAGGAUGAAGUUAAAAGAAGCAUUCAAAAAGACUAUGGAAGCAGUGAAAGUCUGACCUCUCUCUGGAACGCCACAAUGGAGCAGUUUAAGUGCUGUGGAUACAGGAACUUCACAGACUUUGAAGGAUCCCCUUAUAACAUUGAACAUGGAGGGAAUGCUUAUCCACCCAUCUGUUGCAAUGCAACCUACAUUGAUAAUGUAUGCAGUGAAAAAGGCGCAUUGCAUUCGGAUAUUGAUGGCUGCUUUGAAAAGCUGCUGCACCUGAUAGAGGAUAACGCUGUCAUCAUUGCAGCUGUGGCUCUAGCAAUUGCUGCUCUCGAGAUUGCUGCCAUGGUGGUUUCGAUGGUUCUCUACAAGAACAUUGGCAACAAGGCGUAAUGUUUCCUGUUUGAGAUGAGAUAAUUGUAAUAGGUGAAGAAAUUGAAGAAGAAAAAAUACUUGUGAGCAGAUUUUUAUGUAUAAGGUUUUUUUAUUUGAUUCAAAACAGACAGGUUAAGAUUUAAGAUGUGCUCUACAUUACUGGCAUGAGCAUUAAAAUCAAAGACAGAAAGUUCAUCAAUGGAGCUGAUGUGUUCUUAGUUUCAAAACUGUAUCUGUACACAUUUAUACUGUGAAAUAUUUAUGUUUUAAGAAGGGCUGUUGUAAAAUUGUAUGUGCUGAUACAUACUGUAUAGCUAGUGUGUAAUGAUGCACAGGUCAGAAACAAUCUGCAUGAGUUGUGUCAGUUGUUUAUGUCCCUCACAUUCACUGCAGUAAUAUAAUCAUUUUAUUUUUGUAUGUUUGAUCAUAAAUAUCAGACUUUUAUUUAUGCAUUGAUUCUGCCUAUUUUCACAGGCAUGCUUCCAUAUGUUCAUUUGGUAAACAUCAUCAUGUGAUAUUCAAAUGCAUGCUUGUUUAGUAAAACUAUGUCAGAUGAUAAUGGUAAAUGUAUUACCCACAAAAAAAUGGAUUCAAAGCUGAAUAAAGCAUGAACCAAAUAACAAAAGCACCACAUAUGAGAAUUAUUCUGAAUUUUAAACUGUAGUGAGUAGAUGAUAAUUCAAAAACAUUUUGAUUUUAAUUAAGCACUGAACAAUCACACCACUGGAAAAUGUAUUUCAACAUCAAGAAUAAAAAUACAUUCACUCA